ACUGUAUUGAUGACACUCUCACUAAGAACUGACCUCGUACAUUGCCCAGCUAAUCACCUCUGCAACCACAAUGCAUCAUCUCGUCCAAGCGCGUGCUUGCGCGAUCCCGUGGCCUCCACAUCAACCAACCAUCCCAUGGUGGACGGACGGCAUGCAGCAUGCUCAAGACCUUUGCUCUUGCGUCCACCCCACCGCAUUCUCCCUGGACCUCCCUCCAGCACCGCCGCCCGGCUCACACUCGAAUCGAUCGCCACCACCUCCUCUCUUCUCUUCUCUUCUCUUCUCUUGCCUUCCGGACAAUCUCCUCUCCCGCGCUCACGCAACCGCCCCCCGUGCUCCACAGCCAUGGCGACCUCCCGCCGCCACGCGCUUGCACUCUCGCGCGCAUAUAUAUUCUGCGCGCACGCAGCAGCACUAUCUAGCUCAUCUACCAUUGCGUCGGCAUCUCCAUCGACAUCACCUAAUCAUACAAAGGCUCGGACGAUCUUGAAAGGAAUCGGCAUUCGACGAUGGACGUCUCCGACCGGUCGGUGCGGCUGACCAUCGAGGCGCAGCCGAGCGACCCGCCGGGGGCGGCGCCGGGGUUCCUGGCGGGGACGCCGUUCGAGCCGCAGCUCUCGGGCUCGCCGCCGCGGCCGGGCGUGGCGGCGGCCGGCGGCGACGGCGACAGCAGCGAGCGGCGGGUGGACGGCGGCGCGGUGGCCGCGGCGGGGCCCGAGCGGCGGCUGACGCUGCUGGCACUGCGGCUGGCCGUGCUGGAGAAGGCGGCGAGCGGGCUGGGCGCGCUGGGCUUCAUCUGGGCCACCGUGGUGCUCCUCGGCGGGUUCGCCAUCACGCUGGAGCGGGUGGACUUCUGGUCCGUCACCGCCAUCCUCCUCGUCGAGGGCGCCCGCAUCUUCAGCCGCAGCCACGAGCUCGAGUGGCAGCACCAGGCCACCUGGUCGCUCGCCGCCGCGGGCAGGUCCAGCGCCCGCCUCGUCGCGCGAUCCUUCCGCCGCCUCGCCUUCUUCUGCGGGACAAGGACCGGGAAGGCGGCGUCGGGCGGCGGCUGGCGGCGGGGCGGGUGGGCCUGGACGGCAUGGUGGCCGCGGAGCUGGAGCUGGAGCUUCCUGUCCAGCCACGUCGGGCGGCUCUUCUACUGGCUGCAGCUGGCGUCGGCGACGGCGUGCGUGGCGCUCUCCGGCGUGCGGCUCGCCAGGCAGGACUUCGGGGACGCCGCCGACGCGCGGACCAACCGGCGGUCGGCGCUCGACAUCUUCUACGGGCUGGCGCUCGCCGAGGCGCUGCUGUUCCUGGUGGAGAAGGCGGCGUGGGAGUGGGAGGUCAGCCACGGCCGCCUGCUCGAGCGCGUCGCCGCCGAGUGCCGCCUCGCCGGCGCGCCGGGGCUCGUCGCCAUCCGCCGCUUCUUCUACGACGCCUACUCGCGCUGCGUCGAGGGGAGCAUCUUCGAGGGCCUCCGCAUGGACCUCGUCUCCUUCGCCGAGGAGCUCAUCGUCGGCGGCUCCCGCGACGAGCAGCGCGUCGGCGUGGGCAUCCUCGUCAACGUGGCGGCGGCGAGCCCGCCGCUCGGGGACGACGCGCUGCGCCGGGUCGGCACGUCGCCCGCCGUCGUCGAGCGCCUCGUGGAGAUGCUCGGCUGGACGGGCGCCGACGAGCGCGGCGCGCGGGCGUCCGCGGCGCUCGUCGUGUCCAAGCUCGCCAGCAAGAAGCGCAACGCGCUCCGCGUCGCGGGGGUUCCCGGCGCCAUCGAGUCCGUGUCGUCGCUGCUCCACGCCGCCGACGAGGAGUGCAACCUCCUCGGCCUCCUCAUCAUCAAGAAGCUGGCACGGGACCACGACAACUGCAGCAAGAUCGGCAACGCGCGCGGCCUGCUGGACAAGAUCAUCGACUUCUCCGUCAUCGGCGGUGGCGCGUCGCCGGCGUCGUCCCCGGCCACCGGACCCCUCACGGCCUCGCGCGCCAAGGCCGUGCAGCGCUCGCUGCAGGUGAUCAAGAUGCUCGCCGAGACGACGGGCAGCACCGGGAAGCAGCUCCGGCGGGAGGUGGCCGAGAUCGUGUUCACGGUGAGCAACAUCCGCGCCGUGCUCCAGCACGCGCCCGCCGGGUUGCGGCGGCUCGGCGCCGAGGUGCUGACGCGGCUCGCCAUGGACGCGGACGCGCGCGAGCGGAUCGGCGGCACCGGCGGCGUCGUGGCCAUCCUCCUCGACAUGUUCCUCCGCCCCGGGGCCUCCGGCGAGGCCGCGCGCGUCGAGGCCGGGGAGGCGCUCGCCAUGCUGGCGCUGGAGAGCCCGCGCAACUGCGAGCGCAUCCUCAGAGCCGGCGGCGGCGCCGCCACCAUCGACCGCCUCGUGGACGCGAUCGAGGACGCCGCCAUCGGCGUGGGCGCGGGCAGGGUCCUGACCAACCUCUGCGCGUACGCCGGCGGCAGCGGCGGGCGGUUCCGGCAACUCCGCCGCGCGACGCGCGGCGCGGCCGCGGCGCUCCGGGGCGUGGCGGCGGCCGACGAGGCGAAGCCGCUGGAGGUGUCACUGGGCCUGGCGGCGCAGCUGGUGCGGCUGAUGGGCCCGCGCGAGCUGGCCGGCCACCUGGCCGCCGCGGGCGUCAGCGAGGCGGGCCUGGCGAGGCGGCUGGUCGGCGUGCUGGCGGCGCACGCCUGCCCCUCGAUCAGGGCGCCGCGGGUCCGGCGGUUCGCGGUGGAGCUCGUGAUCGCGCUGCUGCGGGCGGCGGCGCCGGCGGCGGCGGGGCCGAUGGCCGCGGCGGGGAUGGGCGCGGAGCUGCGCCACGUGGCGGAGACGACGUCGGAGCUUGAGUGCUUCCACGUGUUCUCCGGCAGCGCCGGGCUGAGCCGGCACGCCGUCGGGCUCGCCGCGCUCGUCGACGCGGCGCUGGAGCUCAUGGCCGCCGCCGCCGCCGCCGCCGCCGAACCCGAGCCUGCUGCGCCGCACGUGUGACUGAGCUAGCGCGUGUUGCCGUAGCGUGCAGACAAGAGAAGCUGAAGCUGGGAGAGUGGCUGAGUGCGUUCACGAUUCUUGGGUAAAAAAAAUCACAGCAUUGUAAUUGACGGAUUUGUUAUUUGAUUCUUUGGAGUUUGGAUGUAAUUAUUGCGUGACUUGCGAUUGGGCGAACGGAUCGGAUCAGAUGAGAUGAGUUCUUGCUUAUCAUUUUCUUCGUGUGCGUGUGUGUGGGCAAGUGUCAUGUUUCUUUUGCGUCAGUGCUGCUCUUCGUCGGCAUGAAGUGGCCGGAGACGCAAAAUGGCAAGGCGUGCAAGGAACAGGAAGGAAUGCAUCAUCCAUCAUGUACGUAAAUGACAUGGUAUUGACUGUUGAGAUAUAUAGGAUGGAUUCAGAUGACAUGCAACAAA